GCCGCGCAGCCCCGGGCAGCCGCACCGCGCCGGCAGGCAGGCAGGGACCCGCGCCGGGCCGCCGCCGCCCGCUCCCCCGCGCUCGCCUAGCAACGCGGCGCCCCACCGCAGCCCGCCGCCCGCCCGUCCGUCGCUCCCCGCGGCCAUGGACGGUCGCCUCUGGGCCGGCCGGUGCGCGGCCCUGGCGCUGCUGGCUGCCUGCUGCCUGGCCCGCGGCGGCAGCGCCGAGCGGCAGUUCCUCAACGAGUGGGCGGCGGAGAUCCCGGCGGGCCCCGACGCCGCCAGAGCGAUCGCGGAGGAGCUGGACUACGACCUCGUGGGGCAGAUCGGGUCGCUCAAAAACCACUACCUGUUCAGACAUAAAAGCCAUCCAAGACGGUCUCGAAGAAGCGCGAUUCAUAUCACUAAAAGACUUUCUGAUGAUGAGCGGGUGUCGUGGGCGGAGCAGCAAUAUGAAAAGAAGCGAACUAAGCGUGCCACCGUGAGAGACUCGGCAGAAAAUCUUUUCAAUGAUCCUAUGUGGAAUCAGCAGUGGUAUCUGCAAGACACAAGAAUAACUCCAUCCCUGCCCAAACUGGAUCUCCAUGUUAUUCCUGUAUGGCAAAAAGGGAUUACAGGCAAGGGUGUUGUCAUCACAGUCCUAGAUGAUGGCUUGGAGUGGAAUCACACUGACAUCUAUGCCAACUAUGAUCCAAAGGCAAGUUAUGAUUUCAAUGACAAUGACCACGAUCCCUUUCCUAGAUAUGACCCAACAAAUGAAAACAAGCAUGGGACAAGGUGUGCAGGAGAAAUUGCCAUGCAAGCCAACAACAGAAAAUGUGGAGUUGGAGUAGCCUACAAUUCCAAAGUUGGAGGUAUACGUAUGCUGGAUGGAAUAGUCACCGAUGCUAUUGAAGCCAGUUCAAUCGGUUUCAAUCCAGAACAUGUGGAUAUUUACAGUGCAAGCUGGGGCCCUAAUGAUGAUGGUAAAACUGUGGAGGGACCCGGGAGACUGGCACAGAAGGCUUUUGAAUAUGGGAUAAAACAGGGCCGAAAUGGGAAAGGCUCCAUUUUUGUAUGGGCUUCCGGGAACGGAGGCCGUCAGGGUGACAACUGUGACUGUGAUGGUUACACUGAUAGUAUCUACACUAUCUCCAUUAGCAGUGCUUCUCAGCAAGGCCUUUCUCCCUGGUAUGCAGAGAAGUGCUCUUCAACUCUGGCCACAGCAUACAGCAGUGGGGAUUAUACUGACCAAAGAAUUACAAGUGCUGAUCUUCACAAUGAAUGUACAGAGACUCACACUGGGACCUCUGCAUCUGCACCACUGGCAGCAGGAAUUUUUGCUCUAGCACUGGAAGCAAACCCAAAUCUAACAUGGAGGGAUAUGCAGCACUUGGUAGUGUGGACCUCAGAAUACGAUCCACUGGCUGGAAAUCCAGGAUGGAAGAAGAAUGGAGCAGGACUGAUGGUCAACAGCCGAUUUGGGUUUGGACUGCUCAAUGCCAAUGCAUUGGUAGAUUUAGCUGAUCCCAAAAGGUGGAAAGGUGUACCGGAAAAGAGAGAGUGUAUUGUCAAAGACAAAAGUUUUGAACCAAGAUUAUUAAGAGCAAAUGAGGAAGUCAUCAUUGAAAUUCCUACAAAAGCCUGUGAGGGUCAAGAAAAUUCCAUUGCAUCUCUAGAGCACGUGCAGCUUGAGGCAACGAUUGAGUAUUCCCGUAGAGGUGAUCUUCAUGUCACUCUGGUAUCUCCAUCAGGGACCAGCACUGUCUUACUGGCUGAGAGAGAGAGAGAUAAAUCUCCCAAUGGCUUUAAGAACUGGGACUUCAUGUCUGUUCACACAUGGGGAGAGAAUCCAACAGGCACCUGGGUUUUAAGGAUUACUGAUCUGUCCAGAAGAAUACAAAAUGAAGGAAGAAUUGUAAAUUGGAAGUUGAUUUUGCAUGGCACUGCUACUCAGCCUGAGCACAUGAAGCAGCCACGUGUAUACACAUCCUACAAUGCUGUGCAGAAUGACAGAAGAGGAGUGGAGAAGAUGACAGACUUUGUAGAGGACCAUACCACACAGGAGAACCUGAGUGAAAAACCCAAAGUCGCAGAAGAUACCAGUAGUAGCAGUGACAAAGCAGAAGAUAAAGUCCCAUCAGAGGCUAUGAUACAUUUACUGCAAAGUGCUUUUAGCAGACAGAUGGCUCAGAAGCGACUGCCAAAGAAGACUGCAAGUGAGAAGUUAAAUAUUCCAUACGAACACUUCUAUCAAGCCCUCGAAAAAUUAAACAAGCCGUCCCAGUUAAGAGACUCAGAGGAAAGUCUGUACAGUGACUACGUUGAUCUUUUUUACAAUGCCAAACCAUACAAGCAUAGAGAUGAUAGACUGCUGCAAGCCUUGGUUGAUAUUAUAAAUGAAGGAAACUAAACUAUUGGGUAUGGCACUGAGUUGGAAAUAUUCGUUCUCCCCACACCACCCGUAGUUUUUUUUCCGAAGUCUGUUGUAUGCUCUAGUUGUGUGAUUGCUGCUUUGAUUGCUUCAUAUUUAAUACAAAUAUCAAGGAAGGGAAAAAAUGGGUGUGGGAGGAUAAGGCAGUAAACUGAUGCUUUUUAGUAAUAGCUUUUUUCAAAGCCUUUCUUCAUUACCAUCAGAGUAGAUUUGCCCCCUCAGGCAUGAAAUUCAAUAGUAUUCCCCUGAAAACUGUAAUGCUCUAUUUUAAACAAUUUUCACGUUACUUAUUCUUCCACCCUAUUCAGUUAGCAUGCAGUAGGAUUCAAAACCUGAAUUACCAAGCAGUUUUGAACCGAACUGCUAAAGCUAUGGGGAGGUACUCUCAUCCCUGAAUUUGUAAAGAAUAUUGCAGUCUUUCUCACUCCAGGUUUAACAGUUGCAGCUAGUGCUGCUUCCAUCGUAGGUCUUUUGUUCCUUCUCCAAACAACAACGCUCCCUUACCCUUCUGUUCUCCCGUAGAGGAGCAGCCGGGAGGCUGGAGUUGGACUGGAGCAUCAAUGAACACCGUGAAGUUACUCACAAUUUAAACUGCAGAUAUACACUAACAUAAAAGAGCCCCAAAUGAGGCAUCCCAGACCAUGGGAUGGCAUUCUCACCACCUGACUUUAACUACCUAAGUGAAGUGCCUGAAUUAUGAGGCUGUAUGUAGUUAAUGAAGACAGAGGCUCCUAUAGAUAGCACUUCAGAGCGCUUGGCUAGUCUUCACACUGGUUUUGAAUUACCUGAUGGAGUACUGAUCUAUUUGUACCGACUACGUGAGCUUUGGGGACCAACCUCCUGCCUGUGGAGCCUCAGUUAAAUUUCUGAAGUUAAAUAGUAUAAAUGCCUUCUGAGAUGCCUACGUCUGCAGUGGUAAGGACAGCAAAGCUGGGAUCGCUGUCCUUUCCUUGAGCUGUGGCCAAAGCGGAAUAGGAAGGAUAACCGUACCAGCAAAGUCCACUUCAAGACCCAGUCUUGGAGAGUCUCUGGUAGAUUGUAACACUUCCCAAAUAUCUAGGAAGUUAAGGCAAAAUGGAUGGGGAGAGGUGUGAGAUUAGAAAAGAAAUACCCUGAGAAGAGACUGAGAAGUGGAGGGAAAGAGUGCAUGGAAUGUGGAGGAAGGAGAGAAAGAGAAGGAGGAAGAGGAGGAAACAGAGGUGGCUGUCAGAAAGCAGCAAGGGUGGGCAGCUCCCGAACAUUUGCAGUAUGCUAGGCAAACAGUUUUCCACACAUACCUCUUUAAAGUCGGAGUCAAGAUUGACAUACUAUUUUGCUUUUCAUAAUUAAAAAAAAAAAAUACAGUGUUGGAUGCUCAGAAAUUGGAGGGAAUCUCGAACAAGAAAAUGAAGAUUCCCAGGGGAUAGUUAUCUCAUUGCAGUGCUAAAGACAAUCCAAACCAGUGCUGACUGGUUUUUAGUUUUCUUUCUCUCUCAUCUACUGUUGAAGUGUGUUUUCCAGACACGCUAGAAAUAUUUGAUUCUCCUUCACUGUCUACUCCGUAAAAUGAUGCAAGUGUCUGUAAGACAGGAAUUCAGCAUUUUUCUCGUAAUUCAUCAGUUUGGAUAGAGAUUUUUGAAGCUUCACACUAAAUUCUGUAAUUGAACUGUAAAUCUGUUUACUGUAGUGAUACUUAACGUCUUCUUUGAUGCAAAAAGGAACUGCUUAAAGACAACUUUGAAAAUUGUCUUUUCAAAAUUAAGAUUUAAAAUCUCUGCUUAUUCAUUCUUGGUGAUGGUUUCAUGCCUAUCUUGGGCUUACUCUGCUUUUUUUGCCAGCUUUAAAUAGAUUGAGCUUAGUUGAUUUGAAGAAUUCUUCCGUAUUUCUAGUCCAUACUUCAAAGAUAACUCCACCAUUGAAUGUCUCUCUUACACUGAAUCACUCCCUCUUUACUAAGAAAUUUGCUUAGAAUGAGAAGUGAUUAAAAAAAUCCCUGCAAGUGAUCCAAAUCAGAAAGCUUUCUUGUGUUGUCCCUUCAGCACACGAGCUUUCUGGCAGUACGUAACUACUGAACAAGCAAAACGUAAAAAUGUCUAAUUGCAGAGUGAGAGCACUAACUUAUUUUCCACUAAUAUUUAAUUUUCAGAACUGGCAGUUAAUCUCCAUGAUAAAUAUUCCCAUCUGGUGAGGUAGGACCACUUUUAGUCCUGUGCAAUGAAGCUCAGAGGCUGGUUCUCUCAGACAACAGCGAUUUUAGCCAGUCCUCAUUCAGGUAUGUUACAGCCAGGAAAGUACUAGCAACACUCAAUCUGCCCUCGGAAGAAGAUUUCAGAUUAAAUGAGUGGAAAACAUAGGACCCUCUGUUGUUUUACGAUCAGCUCCCAUGUUGUAGCCAAAGCUUCAUCAGAGGACAAGUUUAAAAUCUCUCUUUUGAAUGUUUCCAACCCAGAGUAGAUUGUACAGGAGAAAUUAUUUUUAUUGUUAGUCUUUUCUUGGUGCCUGUGUGGGUUUUGUGAAAAAUGUAAAAGGAAAAAAAAAAAUGUUUUCUCUCAGAAUUUUAAAUUAUAUUUUCAUUACAGGUAUUUAUAAUAUAGCAAAGAUUUUAUUGAACAGACAGAAUUUUAAAAGGCAUAAUAAAUUAUAUUAAAGAACCAGAUUUUUCUUGGGAAAGAGACAAUUUCAUCCAAUAAAGGUAUUUUUUAAAAGGCAUGUUCCAACAGCAACCACAACAUGUAUGUGAUGUGAUGUUAAAAUUUGUCUACUAGUAGCAUAAUACAGUG